UGUAGUCCAUUGGAAAUGCCUGAACAUUAAAACUGCACGUAAAAAUAUUGUCUAUCUUAAUAGGAAAAUAUCUGAGAAAGGAUUAUGGCUUUUCCUAAUAUCUCCAAAGACCUGAUUGAUUGAUUGCUCUGAAUUUGGAAAUGGAUCUUAUCCUGAAAGUUCAGAUCAUCAGGUGUUCGAGGUGCAAUGUAUUUGUCCAUGACUGGAGCCAUCUUCAUCACCAUCUUCGGGAAUCUAGCCAUAAUCAUUUCAAUCUCCUAUUUCAAAUAGCUUCACUCUCCAACCAACUUCCUGAUCCUCUCCAUGGCUGUCGCAGACUUUCUUCUGGGAUUCACCAUUAUGCCCUACAGCAUGGUCAGAUCUGUGGAGAACUGCUGGUACUUUGGGAUCACUUUCUGCAAAGUCCACUUUAGUUUUGAUCUGAUGCUCUGGGUAACUUCUAUCUUCCAUCUUUGUUCCAUUGCUGUUGAUCACUUUUAUGCUAUCUCUUACCCACUGCAUUAUUCUAGCAAAAUAACCAUCUCUGUGAUAAAGCAAAUGCUAGCAGUUUGUUGGUCAAUACCAGCUGCUUUUGCUUUUGGGGUGGUUUUCUUAGAAGCAUAUGCUUCUGGGAUAGAGGGCUAUCAAAUUUUAGUUGCAUGCUCUAGUUCUUGUCCAAUUAUGUUUAAUAAAUUAUGGGGAACAGUUUUAUUCACAGUUGGCUUCUUUACUCCUGGCUGUGUUAUGAUAGGAAUUUAUUUAGCAAUCCAAAUUUUUUUAGCAUCCAAAAAGCAUGCACAUGUUAUGAGCAGCAUGCCUGAAAAUGCAAAUCAUGAAAAGCCAAAUCAACUUUCCAAGAAUAAAGUCAGGAAGGCGGCUAAGACAUUAAGUAUAGUCAUGGGGGUGUUCCUAAUAUGCUGGUUUCCAUGUUUCUUCACAAUUUUAAUUGACCCAUUUUUAAAUUUCUCUACUCCUGCAAUGUUGUUUGAUGCCUUAACGUGGUGUGGAUAUUUUAAUUCUACCUGUAAUCCAUUUUUAUAUGGUUUUUUCUACCCAUGGUUUCGAAAAGCACUGAGAUACAUAUUAGGUAAAAUAUUCCAGACACACUUCUGUACAGCUAGUCUCUUUCCUGAAAAUCAAUAA